GGCGGGUCCCUAACGCCACCAGGGUGGUGAGUAGGCGCAGUUGCUUUCCUUGUUGUCAGGACAAGGGGAAAGAGAUGGAAGGCGCGGGUGGCUCGGUGCUGUUGUGAGUGCUUGGCGGGGGACUUGGUCCCAGCGGAUGCGAGUUGAAUAGCCGAGCACCCCAGCUCCUCUAGCCUGUUCUCAAGCUCCAGUGUUGAGCCUGGGUAAGGCUCCUUCCCUCCAGGCCUGGAGCUGACUGCAGCCUCUCUAGUUCCCCGUGUCUGAGUCAAGACAAGCGGAUCCCACCCUCCCAAUCUCAUGGAGGCGGUGACGUUUGGUGACGUGGCUGUACACUUCUCCCGGGAGGAGUGGCAAUGUCUGGAUUCUGGUCAGAGGGCCCUCUACAGGGAGGUGAUGCUGGAGAACCACAGCAGUGUGGCUGGACUAGCAGGAUUCCUGGUCUUUAAGCCUGAACUGAUCUCCCGGCUGGAGCAAGGACAAGAGCCAUGGGUCCUUGAUUUACAGGGAGCAGAGGAGACAGAGGGACCAAGGAUUGUCCAGACAGACUCUGCUAUUAGAACUGAUCACAAGCAGACCUGUGACUACACGAACCUUCUCAAAAGGCAGAUUCCUGGCUUUGGAGACAAUUUGGAUUCUAAGGUCUGGUCAGAGAAUUGCCCAAGAAGCCUUGGGCUAAGAGUGAGCGGCUCACUUUUCCAGAAGCACCGUUUGAAUAGUGAGACCAUGAUGCCCAAGAACUUCACAAAGGAUGCUCUCCAAGAAUGUAAGAAGCUGCAGGCCACUGAGCUGGGUUAUCAACCCGAUAACCAGAGAGACCGAGUGAAGGGGACAUCAGAAAACUGUGAAGUGUGUGGCAGAGUCUUUAGACUAGGUUUGAACCUGGAUCCAUAUGAAAUGAAUGUACAGGAAAGACCAUACAGAUGUCAGGAGUGUCAGAAAGCAUCUGGCUGCAUACAGGAGAAAUACACUAGUAACUGCCAUGGGAAGAAGCCUUAUGGGUGUGAGGAGUGCGGGAAAGUCUUCAGACUGUGUUCACAACUCAGUCAGCAUCAGAGAAUCCACACUGGAGAGAAACCAUUUAAAUGUGUGGAUUGUGGGAAAGGUUUCCGCCUGAGCUCAAAACUGAUUCAGCAUCAAAGGAUUCAUACUGGAGAGAAGCCUUACAGAUGUGAGGAGUGUGGGAAAACCUUUGGUCAGAGCUCAAGCCUCAUCCAUCAUCAGAGAAUCCACACAGGAGAAAGGCCAUACAGUUGUCAAGAGUGUGGAAAAGCCUUCAGCCAGCAAUCACAGCUCGUCAGACAUCAGAGGACUCACACUGGAGAGAGGCCUUACCCCUGCCAGGAGUGUGGCAAGGCCUUUAGCCAAAGCUCAACUCUAGCCCAGCAUCAGAGGAUGCAUACUGGGGAGAAAUCUCAAAUGCCAAGAGCCUCAGAGAGCCCAAGCCUUAUUGCCCGUCAGAGAAAUAACACUGUAGAGAAGCCAUUUAAGUGUGAAGUGUGUGGGAAAGCUUUCCGGUGGAUCUCACGCCUGACUCAACAUCAGCUGAUCCAUACUGGAGAGAAACCUUAUAAGUGCAACAAGUGCACAAAAGCCUUUGGUUGUAGCUCACGACUGAUUCGCCAUCAGAGAACUCACACUGGAGAAAAGCCGUUUAAAUGUGACGAGUGUGGGAAGGGCUUUGUCCAGGGCUCACACCUGAUUCAACAUCAGCGAAUCCACACCGGAGAGAAGCCUUAUGUGUGUAAUGACUGUGGGAAAGCUUUUAGCCAGAGCUCCAGCCUCAUUUACCACCAGAGGAUCCAUAAGGGAGAGAAACCAUAUGAAUGCAUCCAGUGUGGAAAAGCCUUCAGUAUGAGCACACAGCUCACCAGCCAUCAGAGGAUUCACACUGGGGAGAGACCUUAUAAGUGUAGUGAGUGUGGAAAGGCCUUCAGUCAAAACUCAACCCUUUUCCAACACCAGAUAAUUCAUGCUGGCGUCAAGCCCUAUGAGUGUAGUGAGUGUGGGAAGGCCUUCAGCCGGAGCUCAUACCUUAUUGAACACCAGAGAAUACACACGAGAGCCCAGUGGUACUAUGAAUUCGGGAGUGCCACUGAAAGUUCCACCCUUUCGAACCAUAAAAAAGUGAAUGCUGUAAAAAAGUUGCACCAGUGUGAUGAGUGUGAGAAGAUAUUCAGAUGGCGUUCGCACCUGAUUAUCCACCAGAGGAUUCACACAGGAGAGAAGCCCUACAAGUGUAGUGCCUGUGGCAAAGCUUUUAAUCGGAGCUCCAGGCUCACUCAGCACCAAAAAAUUCACAUGAGAUAGAUCAUUUACCUCCAUGUCCUGGUUACUUCUCUCUUGCUGUAAUGGCGCCACGACCAAGGCAACUUCUACAAGAGUUUCUGUGGGGCUUACAGUUUCAGAGAGUGUUCACGGCCAUCUUGGCAAGGAGUGUGAUGUCAGGGACAUGGCGGCAGGCAGGCAGGCAGGCAGGCACGCACGAUGCUAGAGCAGCUUGGAGCUCACAUCUUGAGACAGCCAAUUACUAGGCAGAGAGAACUAACUGGAAAUGGAGAGAGUCUUUAAAAACUUCAAAGCUCACCCCCAGUAACACAGCUCCUCCAAGGCCAUACCUCCUAAUAAUUCCCGAACAGUUCCACCAACUGAUUACCUAGUGUUGAAACACGAGCCCAUGGAGGCCGUUCUCAUCCAAACCACCACACUAUAUAAAUAUGUAACUGUGAAUGAGCCAGAAGCCUUAUUUUAUUUGGGUAAUUUAAGCUAACAGAAACUUGAGGAUGCUGGGGAAGAUUCAGAUUUUCUUCUUAAAGAAUAGUCUACUUGGGAAAUGUUUUGUUUCUGUAAUGUUUUAAUGUUUACCCAUUAAAUAAAAGUGUUCGUCACACUGAA